AUGACAGACCCAAGAAUCAACGCGGGCCAACCGCAACUUGGCAAUCACGAGACUGCACACGAUGAGCCACCAUCAAAAUCUAAGGACGAGGUCUGCAGCAUUAUUCGAACACGAAAACAGGCUCAAACAUCCCAAAAACAACAUCGACUCAGGUUAGCACGAACCCGCUUCCACCACCGCUAA